AAGUUUUUUCUUCAGUUCCUUGGCUAUCCCGAAGGCUGGGUGUCUGACUGGCUGAAUGGUUGGCUGGCUGGUUAGGCAUCGCAGCAUCGGAGAGUGCCGCCAUGUUACCGUGUAGUUGUACUCGCCACUAUUGCCGCUGCUUCACGCUCCCCACGUACUCGCCGUUGCUCUCGUUACCGUCACAAGUGAUACGUCUGCAUUUACGCGACUCACCUCGUCGCAAUCCAAUACACAAUUCCUAAUAACAAAGCAGUGAACAAAAGCGCGUGUCCUCCUGUCGUCAGAACAGCCGUAUUGUUUAUGGCGUGAUCGCGAUCGUUUUCGCGCUGGCCUUAAGGAUCUUACAAGUCGAUUCGCAUCGCGUCCUACUGGCGUUUGCGAGUAUGCGUCGUAACGCAACGCCAGUCCACGAGACUCCAGACGAACCUGAGUGUCGUGAUUGUGAAAAUAAGUGCGUGAUCGUGGGUAGCAGCGCAGGACGCCGAUGAGGACUAUUGCUGGCACCAAAGGAGCUGUUCCAAGGAUUUCCAAAGUGGAGAAGCAAUGGCGGACGACCGAACCACUCCGCAGGGGAUCGUCGCAUCCGUGCACGCGUUAGGACACGCCUCGCCACCGCCACCGGCACCCUCGUCUGCUGGCACGAAAGAGGGCACUCCGCCACGGGGACCCAGGACGCUUCUUCUGCGACGCAGCGAAAAUGGCUUUGGAUUUACCCUACGCCAUUUUAUCGUCUAUCCGCCCGAGUCCUGUUGCAUGUUGCCGGGACACGAGCGGACGAGGAUCGACGAGCCGAUGGACACGAUCUUCGUGAAACAGGUGCGAGCGAAGUCGCCGGCAGCGGAAGCGGGUUUACGGACCGGAGACCGGGUUGUGUCCGUGGACGGGGCGCCGACGCGUGGCGAGCAAUACGCCAGCGUCGUGCAACGUAUUCAGCAGGCGGGUCCUUGGCUACGUUUGUUGGUUGUAUCCAAGGAGGACGAUAUUUUGCAGAGGUACUUUGGUGACACGGCCCACAACCCCGAGACGAAUCAACGACCGCGACUACGUUCACCCGAGAGGACGUCGCAGAAGCAGCGUCGAUCGAGCAGCAUGAUCCCAGGGCCGUCUCCUCGAAGCAGACAGUCGUGGGUGUGUUCGACUUCCGGCUCCGAGAAUCAGGUCACCGGUACGGAAAGUUACAAGCAACGCGAAGACGUUUGCAAGGACCCUAAGAUGAUCGUGUCCUCGCAACGGAGGCCACUGGAAGCUCACAAUCAGGAUAGCGCGACGCUGUACGAAAAAGCGGAAAGAAAUCAGCAACGACGACAGCAGAAGGAUCUACUGAACGCGACGCCCCAGCCGUACAGACCUCCGCCGGACAGCAGGUUCGAUCUUUACGACAGAACGCGACCCGAAUCCAUCUACUCUCGACCCAGCACAGAGCAGCUCUACGACAGGAUCAAGGAUCCGAUCUACGAACGAGUAAAGCCUGACAGCAGUAACUUUGGAAAGUCCUUAGAUCGCUAUCCGAUGUCCAGGGCGGAACCUCAGGUUCCAAUUUAUCGACCUGGCAGAAGGAUCGUUGCCAGACGCGCUAGCGAAGGUAGCGGUAUCGUUAACGACAUCGAUAUUUCCGGUCCCUUCGGUAGCGCCGAUGCGCUCAAGCAAUCCAGCAAUCCUGGAUCACGGCUCAGUAUGGAUUCUUCUCCUGCCAGCAAGGAGAGUCUCUCUUCUUACGACUCGAACUCCACGCUCACCGGAAACGAGUGCUCCGAUGAUUCUGUCAUUAUGACCAGGCUGCGCAAGAGUUUCGAACAGAAGGAGGAAUUCCUGAGGAGGCCGAGCCAUCCGAUUGGGUGGUUAUCGCCCGAAGAAUCCGCUAGGUCGACGGCCCAUGUACAGCCUCUGAUACAACGUGAAUUUUAUGCGAGACCUCAGAAGUUACAGAGACAGGUUUGGCCACCGAGCGAACAGCAACAGCAGCAGCAUUCAGCGACUUUGCCCAGACAACAGUCACCAAGUAGAAGCUCAAUGGAACGCGCAAGUAAAUCCGGCGGGAAGCCGUCGAAUCAGAACGUGCAAAGAGUCAAAACUGAUAUGGACUCUGAAUCGGAGUACACUGGCAACAGGAGCAGUCCUAACGAACUUCCUCCGAGUGCCGAAGAAAUUCAAGCAGUUCGCGAUCAUUUCUAUUCCUCUCUCUACGACUGCAAUGGACAAUUCGUAAAGGAAAAUCAUUUCAAGUAUGGCUCCAGUACUCCACAGUUUCGUCCAGCGAACAAUGCGCCGCAGAGGAACUCGACCUCGAACAAAGCCUUCGUGACGACUUUGUCGCGGAUACAUGAGAACGUGACCACGGGUCAGCACAACCAGGACCAGCAUCAUCAAUCGCAGCAGGCUCAGGAUCUCAGGAAUGGCACGGCAUCCUUACCUUCGUCGCCUGGACCGGAUAAGAAGAGCGGGGAGAAAUUCCCCGUGCCUCCGCAAGGACUGCAGAUCGUUUCACGUCGCGCCAAGCAGUUCGAAUCCGGACGACUUCUGAGCGACGACGACGAGCCUACCAGCGACAGGACGAGCCUCUACAAGAGCGAACUCUCCAGGCUGUCGAGUAAACGGAGCGUUCCUAACGUCGCUGUCCGAAAAAGGGAAUUUGAGUCUAAGGCUGAGUGUCAGGAACCCAGGCGAAUAGCCAAUCACCGAGAGAGCAAGUCACUCGACGCUGGUAGGGGAUUAUCUGGGAACAGAAUCAUUCCCAUAGGCAGCAAGUACAUCCAUUGUGAACCUCCAGCUGGCUAUAGGGAAGUCAAAGAAAUUCCGACAAUGGAAACGGAGCCAGUCCGUCUAAGGGCGCGGAGCAAUAGUGCAGAGUCCUGGGAGGCAGCGAACGGAUCUUCCAGAAGGAACGCGAGGCAUACCUGGCAAACUGAACAGGACGACUCCGAGAGUAAACGUAACAAGGCCAAAAGACAGGACAGCUACUUACAGGCUGUCAGGACUCAGCUCGAACGGGAGCCACAGUGUCUACGUCAUCAGGAUGCGAUUGACAAAUCAACGGAAGAUGAACCCAACGCACCUCUCUUUCCCACAACGUUAUACGAUAUUGAGGCUGAUGUGGAUUCGUCGUUAUCUACCAUGGGUCCUAUGCCCCACGUGAGAGUCACUCCUCCCAAUUGUGAUCCCUACACUCCUCCGUCUUCACCUGUUUUCGAUCCUGGAUCCUCGACAAGUAGAGAAGGUCCAUCGCCACAGCAUCAUCGCUAUGACUGCACGGCACUACCCGAUGUGGAAACACCUGAAGAUAGCGAUGAACUUCUAGCUCCUGCGAGUUCCUCGGCCAGCAACGGCGUCGUCCUGAGACGUCAGAAGAAUGCACAGAUCAGCGACGAGGAUCGUGCCACUAGGAGAGUGUCCUACCUUAAGGCCACUUGGGGCGAGCGCAUGCACGUGGACAGUGACCUUGAACUGAGCGACACGGAACCGGUACACGCUUUAAGAAGUGCACAUAGACGCUGGCGUCCUCCGCUAUUUCCAAGUGACAUAACACCUCUGCGACGCAUCUUCGAGGACGUCACUCAGGCGGCGUCGCUGCAUCGGCAUUCUCAUCGUAACAGCAUCCCCGGAACUCAUGGUUUACCCUGCAGCGGUGGCAACGGAAGUGACGUCGUGACGUCAAAGGAUGCCGAACCCGUCGAGCGAGAAGGAUCUCUUCACGUCAAGUUUACGGUUCUCGAUGGCAAGCGUUCCACCGAUCGUUCAUGGAAACAAGUAUGGGGCGUUCUUCGGGGUCCAAUUCUUCACUUCUAUAAGGAUCGUCACAGCCAAAGUCCGUCGACAACGAGCGACGGCGAAGCGGGUCAGAACGUAGACGUGAGGUGUUCCUUGGUCGACAUUGCUGAUGAUUAUACCAAGCGGAAACACGUGCUACGCGUGGCGAACCCCACGGCGGAAGUUCUUCUACAGGCUGAGGACGCCGCCUCGAUGGCCCUUUGGUUGAGAGCACUUCACAAGCAUGCAGCAGCAGAGAAGCCUACGGACAUCGAGGCGAGUACUAGCAAACAACAGGCUGUUCCACAAACACCAGGACCAACCAGUACGUCGACCGCUGCGGGUCAGCCUGCAAGUCAGAGAUUGAGUCCCUUACCUAGUCACAAGGGUAUCAGAAAAUUGACUUCCUUUCGAAAUCGUUCACCCACUGGACAAUCACCGGCAAAUAAAACACGUAAACCAAGUCAGACUGUGGAGCCGAUACCCUCGCCUAAAACUAAAACCUGGAAGGGCAGGGUGGCCAAACAAUUUAGGAAGAUGCAUGGACAGGCUGGAUCACCGUCAUCUCCAACGACACAAUUGCCACCGGAAGGUGCAACCUUCAAAAUUCCUCUUGAAAUGUGUCCACCGUCCUCCUUCUCCGAGUUCGUCCCCUUGAUCGUCGAGAUGUGCACCAGUAUAGUCGAAGCCAGGGGUCUGGAGGUCAUCGGCAUCUACAGGGUGCCUGGAAAUACUGCAGCCAUUUCUCAACUUACCGAAAGUGUGAACAAGGGUUUUGAGAAUAUUAAUUUACAGGAUCCGAGGUGGAGCGAUGUCAACGUCAUUUCCUCCCUUCUCAAAUCCUUCUUCCGUCAACUACCCGAUUCCCUCUUGACAGCCGAUCUAUAUCCGAUGUUCAUCGAUGCUGACAAAAUAGAAGAUCCUCAGCGCAGGAUGGCAACGAUUCGCAAACUCCUGAGGGAUCUGCCUGAGCAUCAUUUUCAGACACUCAAGUAUCUCAUGUUUCAUUUGAAGAGAGUCGUGGAGCACAGUGAGGUCAAUAAAAUGGAAGCUAAAAAUUUGGCCAUUGUCUUUGGACCAACUCUGGUUCGUGCUAGUGGUUCAAGGGACAAUAUGGUUACAAUGGUUACUGAUAUGUCUCAUCAGUGUAGGAUCGUUGAAAGUUUAUUGAACAACGUGGAUUGGUUCUUCUCCGAAGAAGAUUUGGACGACUUAAGUAGACUGAGCGUGAACCUGAGCUUACCGGCUGACGGCAAUGAAGUUGAACCUACAUCAAAUACAAACCACAGUCUUCUUUUGAAUAAUAUACAAAAAGUUGAAGGCAUGCGUGAUAUGGUCUCAGCUAGGGAUAUUGUAUCCUCAAUCAUAUCCGCAGCUAACAGGAAAAUGCAGAGAAGACGUAAAGGUCACGAUGAACCUGACAACGAUGAAAUCGACGAAGACAAGUCAAAGUCAAAGCACAGCGACACCGGAAGUAUGGCAGCCGCACGACAGAGCAUGGCGCUGAACGAGCGUCAGUGCUCAGUCAGCGAGAUAGUAUUGAUGCACGAGAGCAAGAGUCAACAAUCGAAUCAACAGACUUCCGGUAGUGGUGAUCGAUCAGAUCGAUCGGAUUUAUCGAUCUCGUCAGCUGGCAAUUACGUCAGUCCAUCAAAUGGAUCGUCAAGUAGAUCCAAGUAUUCAACCAGUCAGUCCAGUCAGUCUGUCGUGGUAGCACCAUCAUCGCCAGAGUCUUCUACUCACUUGGGAAACGAGAUGGGAUCCAGCAACCUGGACAGCAUCUCCACGAUCUCGAACAUCUCCAACGACACUAAGCAGAGCAACGACGAGGUAGCGAUACGUAGCUACGCAGGACUCAGUGCUACCACCCAGGAGAGGAUACGAAGGUUCGAGCAGGAGACCAAGGCGAUGCUCCAGAGGGACCAGCAUCGUCAGAGACGAGAAGCUGAGAAGAGGGAAGAGGAAAAGAAGCGAAUAGACAUGGAAUGGCAAUUGGCGAAACGCGAGAUGGAAAACGAUGACAUUCUUGACAGCAUCGCCGACACUACUGUCACCCCGAGCUUCUUCUCGGAGAGACUUUCCAAUCUUAACGAGAGACUGGCUGACAGAUCGCAUGAGCCUACCCAGGACAGACACGCAAGAUCAAGAUCCACCACCCGGAUCGCUCCGAUCUCAGUUGCUGUACAGAAGAAGCCCACGGCUCAGCAAAAGGCACAGGCCAGUACGCAAUUGAGUAACAUACUCGGUGAGAAGAUGAACAACGGUAUCAUCAAAAAAUUCAAGACUGACAAGGAGCCCUCGUUGGAGUCUGCUUCCUUAAGCGGGGCUCGCUACGGCAGUCUCGACUCCCUGCACGAGGUCCACGCGCAUCCUCACGCCUCGCCGUCGCCGUCGCGUCAACAACGAGGAGUCCCGGGUGACAUAUCGGAUGACGCCGGAUCUUGUUUUCUACACUGGACUCAGAAGAUUCUCACUAUUAACAAAAAGCUUUCUAGGCACACAGCAACUCCGGGUUUUUGGUGCUACAUAUCGUCCCAUCUACACGGUGCUGCAGGGGCCAGUGGCACCUCCCCGAAGGCACCGACCCCAUCCCCACCCCCAACCGCCACCGGCCCCUCUCGCUCAGGCACAUCAUCAUCGUCAUCAACGUCACAGCCCACAGAGCCAGGGCCCUCAGGAUCAGGGGCCGUGGCGACAUCCAAGACUUUAAACAAAUUCCUCAGAGGUAGCGAUCUCCUGACCAGCCUCACGUCGACCUUUGACCGCAAAUGGAAGUCACUCGUUAAUCCCAACAGUCAACUGACCUCGUCCAGUGAAUCCGCGACGCCGAGAGUACCUGAUGCUAAGACUGAUCACGACGAGACUCUGUUGGUUACUGUCGAUGAUCAACCUGAACCGCGACAUUUUGCUGAUCUCUAUAGAGAUCCAAGUCUUCAUAGAUCAGCUGUUGAUACCAAUCGUAUUGUUCCACGUUUAAAAGAUAACGCACCAGAGAAGGAUACGGAUUGUACUGUCGUCGAAGGGACUGGCGUUGGUCUGAAAACAGACAGGGCCAGGACGGUUACGGUGUCCUCGUCCUCGACGCCGGAUAACGACAGGAACGUUAUUAGACAGAAGGACGCGAAGAGUACCGGAAGCGCGACGACGUCGUUCUCAGGAACGGGUGCCGAUCGCAGCACCUUUCUAGACGCCACUGAAAAGGACGAGAGCGAUGGAACGAAACGCUUUGAAUCUUUGGAGAAAGAUCAGGAUGACAGUGCCACAGUAGUCUCCUGCGUCUCGACUCGAACCGACGCCGAGUCACGAGAGGAAAAGCGCACUGGGGACGAUGGUAAAAAUAGUCCUGAGGUCGAGUCCACGUCGUAUUCUAAUAAGCUUGAGAAAUUCGAGAGUCUCAGUCAGGGUAAUCCAGAGUCCCGGUCGCGUCUCAAGAGAUCCGAGUCGCUGAACAAGAGAACCGAAAGCGCCGCGUCGAAGCUCAAGAGAUCAGAGAGUUUGAACAAGCACUCGGACAGGUUAGCUUCUCCCACCAAUGGGAAGCUUAAGAGAUCAGAAAGUCUGAACAAACAUUCGGAGAGAUCAGUGUCACCGAACAGUAAGCUCAAGCGAUCCGAGUCUUUGACCAAGACGGAGAAGACCGAGUGCAACAUCAGCAAGAGGCGUCAGUCGGUCAGGAAGGAGAGUGCUACCAAGCUGAAGAGGAAGAACGGGAUGCCGGAAAGAUCAAUUAAGAGGAGACACACUGUCGGAGGGACCAAAGAUUUUGACAAAGUUCACUGGCUCGAUAAUAAGCUCCAGGCGGAGGCGGCCGAGCGCGUCAUUAAGAACGACAACAAGCCGAAGAAGAGCCAGUUGAGGACCAGCUCGCCGGAUUUGAGUAGCAAUAGAGUUAACGUUGCCGACACCAGCUUCCUGAUCGAAGUAAGCUUUCGCGGACCUAGUAACGUCGUCUUCAACGUGACCAACGCUCAACCUCAAUCCCUACCCGAUGACAAUCUCGCCUCUAAGGUCUUCAAAGUCCCACUAGAGAGUCACGUCUAGACGUAUUGCAAAAGGUCAUAUUACUUCUCUGUGAUACUAAAGAUCUGGACUGCUCGAUGAUGACUAUGCCGAUGACCAGGAUCAGGAUGGCGAGUUCCUCCACCAUUCUUUCGCUAACAUAAUCAAACUUAUCUCUACGAACUGAAUCAUAUCAAAUUGAAUAUCGAAAAUCCAUACGUCUGUUCCGGCUAUUUCCAAACACUGCAUUUCAUUGCUUUUUACUUCCUCGCCUUUAUUUCCAAACAAAUCCAUCCGUUCUCAUUAUUCGUGAUAAGACAACCGAGUGAUAAGCUAGAGAAACGAAUUGCCUGUAACGCAUUGAACGAAGCUCAAGGCGCCAUUGUUUUUAGUGAUAAUGUGGCAGAAUGGAGGAAAGCAUCGAUGAAAAGAAUGGAUGGGAAUAAGGAAAGCGAAAGGAAGGAUAAAUAACAGGAAGAAAACGAAAGAAGGAAUUGGAUGGAAGGCAGAUAGGAAUAUAUAUAUACCAUCAUGGGUAUAUCCAUAACGCGUCAAUUAUAUACACAUCAUACUUGUGAAUUGUGAUCGUGCAAUUUUUUUUGUACAUAAUACGAUAAAGUUUUCAAGGAUACGGCGUCAGUGGGUAGCGUUAGUUUUUUAACGUGACGAUCUGUCUGACUUUGAAUUUAUAUUUUAAUAAUAAUUUUACACGCCUCGAUCGGAUUAUUCGGAGGUUUUACGCGAUCUUCUCCUUAACGAGUAUUUAAAUUUACCGGGCAUACAAAUAUGACUGUCCUAUAGCCAUUGGAUCGUUUGCCGAAUUGUACAUACAUAAUAUAGAUCUAAAAAUAUAUAUUUACAUAGUAUAUGCAUGGAAUUUAUAAACGUCGAUUAAUCAAUUGAUAAAAGACACAUUGGAGCGAGAGGAGAAAAAACAUAAGGAUACACUAUGUUAAGAUAAGAAAGAUCAAGGUUGACGGAAAGAGAGAGAAAGAUGAAAGACCCUUCUUUUGCUAAUUCUGAAAUUAGACAACUUUUUGAUGCACGAUGUGAUAAAAUUUCAUGGCCUCCUGUCCGACUCUCUCUUAAUUAUCUCCUUAUCUAUCGUUCACCUAUUUAUCUUUCCGCAUAGUUUCUACGAGCAUACUUUUUAUUUUAUUUUUUUUUUCUUUGCCCAUGGAGGUUCCAUUAUUGUGUUAAUGUCCGCACGAGGCUGCUGCUACGAUAGCUUAGGGUUUAGGGGAAGGAUUUUUUAAGUUUAGAUUCGUUAUUAAAAUAAAAAGAACAGGAGCGCGUUAAGCAAGGAAAAUUGUAUUUUGCAUCCUUAAAGAUAAUUCGUAAUGUUGUCUUGGCUCCUUGAAGAAGUAAUUUCAAGGAGCAGUUAAUAUCUGAAAAUAAAAAAAGAGUUAUCUAUUAGACACGUUGAGGAUGACUUUUCGAUUUUAAGUGUCUGGGAGUAUGAAACGCCUGACCAUUUAUCAUCGAUGCCAAUUAUUGUGGCGAGGAUAAGAAUCGAUAUGGGUUAAAAACGAUAAAAAGUCUGUCACUAAAGAAAUUUCUAUUACUAGUGUUUAAACGGGAGAUGAACAAUAUUAUUAUAUUUAUCGAAGUUGUUUCCUAUGUAUAAGAUUAUUGUAAAUACGACGACCCUUUCUUUUCUUUCUCUUUCGUUCAUUGAGAAAUCGUAAGUUUGUAAUUGUUCCGGGUUAUUAAAAUAAAGAAAGUUGUAGCGGCUUUUUCUUGCUACUGAGAAAAUGCCCUACGCGUUGGGGUAUCGUCUGCUUUUCCUCGUAAGAGAGAAUUCGACUGUCUUGCCAAAAUUAUCGCGACGAAUUUUCUUGGGGAAUUGGGUAAUCUUGCGCGGCGUUUAAAUAUCCAAAUGGUUCACAUGUAACUAACUCUACGCUUGUAUAUAUGAAGAUAUUUGAAAUUCCGAUUAUAACGAUAAUAUUAUUAUUUAUUUCCAGAAUAAUCUUAAUUGUGAUUGUAUUAUUUAUUAAUCGCAGCUUAAGUCUGUCGUUUGAAAGAAUUCUGCACUGUUGGAUGGAAGAAAUAUUGAAUUUGUAAAUAAAUAUAUUCCUAUGAGAAUUGAA